GCUGAGAUUGAACAUCGGCGGUAUGGGAGUAGUGAUCUUGAAAGAGUGUUGGACCGUGGUAAGGCUUGCGUGUGGCGGCAAGGUAUACAGACUGACGUUUGACUAUAGUCUUUGCCAAACAUGACAAAGCCUCCCAGGACUUGGGUGGGAGGGUGCCCGUAUUCUCCAGACCUAAGGGAAGGCGGGUUAAUGCUCUUGUUGGAAGCCAGACGUCCAACAGCCAUCGUAGCAUAAUCAAGACUUCACACGGGCAUCACACGAAAGCCUGGAGUACAGACUCUACUGCAUCCGGGCUUUUUUCAAACUUUGCCAUUCCGGCCAGUGGAAGAGGAGACGAUCAAUCUGAUGUGUUUACCGAGAUACUCACACCUAACACGUUUCGCUCUCCUACGACUGUGUUUACCGAUCUUGGUACUCUGUCCGAAAUGACCCCUCAACUGCUGGCUACAUAGCACCUGAUCCGUUACAUGUUAGAAUGCUUCAAGGAGUCAAACCCAGGGCCAAGUUGUCUUGGGUCCAGCAGUACGACGAUAUGCUGCCUGCGAUGGGUACCAGAUCUUUCGAGGAAGGUAUCCACCCCGAGGGACUUGUUGAAGAGAAUACCGAGGUGGUAGCUCGUAUAGACGACCUCUCGGCCCGGGUCCAAUCCAUGAUUACCGAGGGCGAGGGUGCGAUCAGGUCAGCGCCACCCAUACUCACUCCCACCUCUUCGCAUUCACCCGAAGAAAACGUACUGGACCGGGCCGUUGGGACUAGUGAAGAGGAGGCCGACGACACUGGCUGGGAUCUCUGUGACGCUCUUGACCUGGCCAUCUCCAUUGGUAUAGCAAAGCGAAUAGAGCUUGAGUCUGCCGCUGAAGCCGUGCUUGAGGCGGACCCACGCGAUGGGGAGCGCAUCGCAACCGCCAAGAGAAGAAAGGACAGUCCAUGUCUUGGAGAGAGGAUUUCGCAUAGGCAGACUGAGAGUGUGAUGGAGGGGCAUUUACAUGCGAUGGGACUUGUGCGAUCUCGUAGUCUUGGGCUGCUGAGGUAUGGGGGGGUGGACGUCAUGUGAUAGAGGAACUCGGCGUCUGCGUGAACAAACGUUCAGCUGUGUAUAUGAGCUAUGCACUGCUGCAUUUCUGGAAGCAGGUUACUCCGGCCGCUCCGUGAGCUAGGGGCGGAUAGUGCUAUGUAUGAUGUGGCCCUAUACGCGUCUCCGGAGUGACUGCCCUAGCAGUAGCCUAGCA